UUCUAAGGAUGAGUAGCCACGCCAAUAGUCUUUUCCUGAGGGAAAGUGUUUCCCAGCGCCUUGGGGGGCAGAGUUGGCUACAAGGUUUUCAGGAUUCCAUGCAACAGCGUGCUGCCCGAACCCGGUUGCAAAUCCAAACUAUGAACCGAGAGCGAGUGUUCCGGUUCCUUCGGAGAAAUGCCUUCAUCCUUCUCACAGUCAGUGCUGUGGUCAUAGGGAUUAGUCUUGCCUUUGCCCUUCGUCCUUAUCAGCUGACCUAUCGUCAGAUAAAAUACUUCUCUUUUCCUGGAGAGCUGCUGAUGAGGAUGUUGCAAAUGUUGGUGUUGCCGCUCAUUGUCUCCAGCCUAAUCACAGGUAUGGCAUCUCUGGACAACAAGGCUUCAGGGCGGAUGGGGAUGCGGGCUGCUAUUUACUAUAUGGUGACAACAGUCAUUGCAGUCUUCAUUGGCAUCCUCAUGGUCACCAUCAUCCACCCUGGGAAAGGAUCCAAAGAAGGGCUGCACCGAGAGGGCCGCAUUGAAUCUAUCCCUACAGCUGAUGCCUUCAUGGACCUCGUCAGGAAUAUGUUCCCACCCAAUCUUGUGGAAGCCUGCUUCAAACAGUUUAAGACGCAGUACAGCACCAGAGUGGUGACAAGGACCGUCAUGAAGAUGGAAAACAGGACAGGACUGGGCAUCUCCCCUUCACCUCUUUCUCUAAUGGACAAUGGUACUAGUGUCUUCGACAAUGUUUCUCGUGCCCUUGGCACCCUGCAGGAGGUACUGAGUUUUGAGGAGACUGUGCCCGUACCUGGCUCAGCUAGUGGCAUCAAUGCUCUGGGCUUGGUGGUAUUCUCGGUCAGUUUUGGCCUGGUCACUGGCAGCAUGAAACAAAAGGGCCAUGCCCUGAAGGUAUUCUUCAACAGCCUCAAUGAAGCCAUUAUGAGACUUGUUGGUGUUAUUAUCUGGUAUGCUCCUGUGGGUAUCCUCUUCCUCAUCGCUGGGAAGAUCCUAGAGAUGGAGGACACAGCUGUAGUUGGUGGACAGCUGGGCAUGUAUACACUGACUGUCAUCGUGGGCCUGCUCAUCCAUGCUGGGGGUGUCCUCCCACUCCUCUACUUCCUCAUCACACACAAGAAUCCCUUCCCUUUCAUCGCUGGCAUGCUGCAGGCCCUCAUCACCGCCAUGGGCACUUCCUCCAGCUCAGCAACUCUGCCCAUCACCUUCCGGUGCUUGGAGGAGAACCUUGGCGUGGAUAGACGCAUCACCAGGUUUGUGCUGCCUGUGGGAGCGACCAUCAACAUGGAUGGCACUGCCCUCUAUGAAGCCUUGGCAGCCAUCUUCAUAGCCCAGGUCAACAAUUAUGAACUCAACCUGGGGCAGAUCACCACCAUCAGUAUCACAGCCACAGCUGCCAGCAUAGGGGCUGCGGGCAUUCCCCAGGCUGGCCUUGUCACCAUGGUCAUUGUGCUUACCUCUGUUGGGCUCCCAACUGAGGAUAUCACACUCAUCAUAGCUGUGGACUGGUUCUUGGACCGCCUCCGAACUACCACUAAUGUUCUGGGGGACUCAGUAGGUGCUGCCAUCAUUGAGCAUCUGUCUCGGAAGGAGCUGGAGCUGCAGGAUGCUGAGCUAAGCCUCCCAAGCCUUGGAAAGUCUUAUCAGCUCAUCGCCCAGGAGAAGGGAGCCAAUAGAGCUCGGGGAGGCAAUGAAAGCAACAUGUGA